UUCAAUUCACUAUCCAACGCGCUCUCUCUCUCUCUCUCUCUCUCUCUCUCCAGCACCUUGCUUGCCUCCCGUGUCAUUGGCCACCUGCUGUGACAAGAGCCAGCAGCAACUCCACAGUGACACGGUCACAGGGCUGAGUAACGGGACAAAUAGGUUCUCCCUAUAGACAAACUAAACAACCCGCGAACCAAAACAGUUUCUUGUGCCGGUCCAACCAGACUUCACGAGAAGACGCCCACACGAGGUCUGAUUAUAGUAGCCCACCCAACCAGAGCGGUGGCGAGCGGCUGAUCAAACUUGUCAACCUGCUGUUUUUGUUGUUGUCACGGGCAGCAGCAGACAGAGAGACGGGCUGUGCUCCUUGCUAGGCGACGGGUCUAAUCAUUAACCUGGGUUAGCUGCCCCCCCUCAUCGGAGGAGCCUCUUGCAUGGAUACAUCAUGGCUACGUUUGUCUGCAGGGUUCAGUUCUUAGACGACACCGAUCCAUUCAACAGCACCAACUUCCCGGAACCGACCCGACCACCUCACUACACGUUCCGAGAGGAUAUCCCGCUUAUCAAUCAGAUAGCGGGAGUCCACCGGCUACUUAGAGCCCCGCAUAAGCUUGAUGACUGUGCGUUGCAGCUGUCCCAUAAUGGAACCUACCUGGACCUGGAGUCUUCUCUGUCUGAACAGAGGGACGAGCUGGAGGGCUUCCAGGAGAACGCAGCAGGGACCAGAGGGAAGAAGCAUAGUGUUGUCUUGCGGACCCAGCUGACUGUUCGAGUACACGCGUGUAUCGAAAAACUCUACAACUCCAAUGGACGUGACUUGAGGAGGGCACUCUUCUCUCUCAAGCAGAUAUUUCAGGAUGACAAGGACCUGGUCCAUGAGUUUGUGAUGGCAGAGGGCCUGACCUGUCUUAUCAAGGUUGGAGCAGAGGCCGACCAGAACUACCAGAAUUACAUCCUUAGAGCUCUGGGACAGAUCAUGCUGUAUGUGGAUGGGAUGAAUGGAGUCAUCUGUCACAUUGAGACCAUCCAGUGGCUCUACGCUCUCAUUGGCUCAAAGUUCCGCCUGGUGUUGAAGACAGCUCUGAAGUUGUUGCUGGUGUUUGUGGAAUACUCAGAGUCCAACGCCCCUCUACUCAUAGAGGCCAUCACGACUGUAGACACCAAGAGAGGUUGUAAGCAGUGGUCUAAUGUCAUGGAGAUCUUAGAUGAGAAGGACGGAGUGGACACAGAGCUACUGGUCUACGCCAUGACCCUCAUCAACAAGACCCUGUCGGCGUUACCCGACCAGGACUCCUUCUAUGACAUGGUGGAUGGGUUAGAGGACCAGGGGAUGGAGGCUGUAGCUAAGAGGUUCCUGGGGAGGAGAGGAACUGACCUGGACCUGAUGGAACAACUUAAUAUCUAUGAGGCGACUCUACGUCAUGAGGACGGUGAUGAUCCGCACACGGAGCUCUCUGGCCGCAAGGACCACCGUCGCGCCAGCUUCGGGGACAAGAGGAGGGGCCUGGAAAGGAGGCGGAGCCGCAGAGCAUCUCUAGGACGGUCUGGGAACGCCUCCCCCUGCAGCCCGUCCCCUCAACACUUCAACGGACGAGGAGGAGAGGACAUGAGCAAGAGUGUAAACGAUGCAGUCUUUGGCCCUUGGCCUGUAACUGGAGUUCAAAGGACUCCCGCCACACCAGAAAAUAAGUCUUCUCUGGGUGGUCUCCUCUCCUCCUCCUACAGACAGCAUCAGGAGUCCCUGACGGCCGAGAGAGAGAGACGUCGUGCGGAGAGAGAGGAACGACUGCAGAGGAUAGAGAGAGAGGAAAGGAACAAACACAGCCGAGACUAUGUGGACAAAAUGGAAGAGGCCAGGAUGGCACGGGAUGAGAGGUAUAAGCACGUGGAACGCUUGGCGGCAGAGGAGUUCGAGAGGGACCGCGUGCCCAGGUCACGCCCUGACCUGAGUUUGACCUUUAAACCAGAGGAAGCCUGGCCCCCUACCUCGUCCCGCAGCACCACCCCCUCCUCCCUGGCGUCUCAGGAUGAGGAACAGGACCAGGAACCAGAUGAACCAGACACAGAACCUGAUCUAGAACCAGAGGAGGAGGAGUCUGAGACCCCUGUUACCCCAUACACACCCUCGGAGACUGAACAACUGAAGCCAGAGGACUUCACUGCCUGUCUAGAACCAGAAGAGAAGGAGGUAGAAGAGGAGGAAGAGGAGAAGGAAAGAGAAGAGCCUGAGCAGGAAACAGAGGAAGUAAAGGAAGAAACACCGCCAGAUAAGGAGGGAGAAGAGAAGGAGGGGCGAGAGGAGGAAGAGGUUGAAACGCAGCCAGAUAAGGAAGAGGAGAGGGAGGACGGGGAGGAGGACAGUGGGAUCCUGAGCGACAAGGAACGACAGAAUGAAGAAGUGAAUGAGAAAGACAACUGCUCGGCCUCCAGUAUCUCCUCUGCCAGCAGUACCCUGGAGAGAGAGGAGAGGGGGAGCAAUGAGAAAGGUCAGUGGACCCAGAGCGUUAAGGAGGUGGAUGUGAAUGAACAGUGCAGCAACAUCCUCAACAGCAAACGCUUCAUGCUGGAUAUGCUCUACUCCCAGAGCAAGGAGCCCUGUGAGGAGGAGGACGAGGAGGAGAGGAGGAAGGAGAAAGGAGAAGGGGGAAAGGACAACCAGGAAGCCGUCCGAGCGGCUGGCGAGGGAGAGGAGGACGAGAACGCCCGGAAAACCGACUCCCCAGAAAAACACCCGGAAAAAACAGAAUCUCACUCGAACGUCAGAGUGUUCGCUGAACGUUUCGGAGAUCUAGUAAAAGGACUGGGCUCACCUCCCACCAAUAGCCCCCCUCGCGAGGCCCCCGUUGUAGAACAAGAGAAGCCCCCUCCACCUCCCCCUAAGAAGGAGUCAGAUACCAUCUGGGACCAGCUCCUGGCCAGUCCUAGGGAGCUGCGCAUCGGAGACAUUGACUUCACAGACCUGAAGGAAGAAGAUGACAGAGACUUUCUGGAUGCCGGACUAAUGGGGGGUUCAGACUCCCUGUGUCCCCCUCCUCCCCCACCCCCCACCCCCUACCUCCCUAACCCUUACUGCCCCCCACCACCCCCCAUGCCAGGGAUGAGAGGCAUGCCUCCUCCGCCCCCCUUCUGCUCCACGGCCCCCGCCCCUCCGCCUCCUUCAGAACUGUUCCAGAAGAAGAAGAAGACCAUCAGGUUGUUCUGGAGUGAGGUGCGCCCGUCAGACUACCAGUACAUUAGCAGCAGGAGCAGUGGUGACUCUCUGUGGUUCAAACUAGAGCCAGUCAAGAUAGACACGUCCAAACUAGAACACCUCUUCCAGACCAAGUCCAAGGAGAUACCUGUCACCAAGAAAACGGCGGCAGACGGUAAACGUCAGGAGGUCAUCGUUCUGGACUCCAAGAGGAGCAACGCCAUCAACAUUGGACUGACCGUCCUGCCUCCUCCUCGCACCAUCAAGACCGCCAUCCUCAACUUUGACGAGUACGCACUCAACAAGGAGGGCAUCGAGAAAAUCCUGACGAUGAUCCCUUCGGAGGAGGAGAAGCAGAAGAUCCAGGAGGCUCAGCUAGCCAACCCUGACGUCCCCCUGGGCUCGGCAGAACAGUUCCUCCUCACCCUGUCCUCCAUCAGCGAACUGUCAGCUAGACUACAGCUCUGGGCCUUCAAGAUGGAUUACGAAGCUACAGAGAAGGAAGUGGCAGAGCCGCUGCAGGAUGUGAAGGAGGGGAUGGAGCAGUUGGAGAAGAACAAGACGCUCCGCUACAUCCUGUCUACGCUGCUUGCUAUAGGAAACUUCCUCAACGGCACCAACGCCAAAGGCUUUGAGCUGAGUUACCUGGAGAAGGUUCCUGAGGUGAAGGACACGGUUCAUAAACAGUCUCUUCUGCACCACGCCUGUUCUAUAGUGGUGGACAACUACCCUCAGAGCACUGACCUCUACUCUGAGAUAGGAGCCAUCACACGCUCUGCCAAGGUGGACUUUGACCAGCUGCAGGACAACCUGACCAUGAUGGAGCGCCGCUGCAAAGCAUCCUGGGACCAUCUGAAGGUGAUCGCCAAGCAUGAGAUGAAGGCCACACUGAAACAGAAGAUGUCUGACUUCUUGAAGGACUGUGCUGAGAGGAUCAUCAUUCUGAAGAUAGUCCACCGCAGGAUCAUCAACAGGUUCCAUGCAUUCCUGCUGUACUUGGGUCACCCGGCCUACGGUGUGAGGGAGAUCAGUGUCCACCGGUUCAGUAAGAUCCUCAGUGAGUUCGCUCUGGAGUACCGGACCACGCGGGACCGCGUCCUGCAACAGAAACAGAAACGAGCCGACCACCGCGAACGCAACAAGACCCGCGGCAAGAUGAUUAUGGACGUCAAUGCACCCUCUGAAGAAGAAGAGGAAAUGGAGUCUGCAGGGCAGUGUGUUAGCAGCAGCAGCAGUGCCCCUGGUGGCGGGUUGGAGAGCUUGCAGCCUCAGGGUUUGGGCCAUGCUGAAGAUGCUGCGGAGCAUGAGUUCAUGAAGGCAGUACUGAAGACCAGCCUGCAGGGCGGCGACAGAGAGACAUCAGGGGUGCCGGGGCUACGCACACGUACCAGGUCACGGCCAGGCCGAGGAGGUCGUGUACAACAGGUGCCGAUACCCCCCGCGGCGGUUGGGGUGGAGUCUCAGAGGUCAGGUGAUGAUGAGGCUGAUGAGAUCAUGGAUCGCAUCGUGAGGUCAGCCACUCAGGGCCCCAGUCAGAGAGCAGUGCCCCGGGAGAGGAGGAGGUCACGAGCCAACCGCAAAUCACUAAGGCGGACUCUGAAGAGCGGUCUGACGCCAGAGGAGGCCCUACUCCUCGGGCUCUCCGACGCCUCCGAGAUGCCGGUGUGACAUCAUCGCCCCCGCCACGGCUCACCCGUGAUAACACGGGAUUGGGAGUGCCAUGGAAACACACCCUGGAACUCCUCCGUGACCCCCAUGUCACGCUCCUGCCUUCACCUCGCCCCGACCCCCAAAC